ACACCCAAAUAUAUAUAUAUAAAAAUAUAUAUAUAAUAUAAGAAAAAACAAUAACAAAAACGCGCGAGCACGAACAAACAAACACACACACACACACACACACAAAAUACAACACACCCACUCCCAAAAAGAUGUUGCGUUUCUUUUUCAAAUCAGUAUAUAUUUAACAACUGAAUAAUUAUCUUCCCUUGAACCGCCGCGAGAGGGCGCAAAGUACCACCAUACUGUGACUGGAUAGCGACUGAGUGAGUGUGGCAGUGUCUAACUGAGGUCGAUCGACAUUUACACGAGUUGACGUUUUCAGUCGUUCUAAGCAAGUUUACUUCAAUCUCCAACAUGUUCAGCACUAGUAAUGACCCAGAGGAGUUGAUCGAGUGUCCGUACGACACGUCUCACAUGAUACGCGCCAAACGCAUGCCGUAUCACCUGAUGAAGUGUCGACAGAACUCCACGAAGGAGCUGGCUGUGUGUCCGUUCAAUGCGCGACACGAGGUUCCCAAGCCCGAGCUGCGUCACCACAUGGCCAACUGUCCCGACAAGGCCGUGCUCGAGAAGGAUCUCGCAUACCAGGUAGCGAAUGAGGAGGGGACGUUCUUCAAAGGGUGUACGGACGUGCCAGGCUACAACGCAUACAACGUAGAGAUCAAUGAGAACUGGGAGGAAGAUAUAAAUCCACGACCGAGGAUUGGGGUGCAUCCGAGUUUCCGUGAGAGAAUCCAGUAUCGGGAUGUGACAGGGUACAGUACAUCACAGAAGAAAGCAUUUCACGGAAAUCUGGCACCAGACCCUGAACAACCAUCGCAAGAACAAGCUGCUGAUGACAUCAACAAUGCUGCAGGCAAGCUGAGGCUGCCGAAGAAGGCGUCUGAGGCGUACAAGCUGAGCGUGGAGGCAACGCCGGAGGAGAAACCCGCCGCUCUCCCACCCAACAUCUUCAUGUACUCGCUGUCACUGGCGGGUAUCGGGCGCGGGCGUGGAGGUAAUCCUCCAUCUGUGGGCAGCGUCCAGCCUCAGCCGGUGGUCAUCCAGCCAAGUUCGCCGUACGCCGUGAUGACACAGAUGGGGCAGCUCGGCCGGGGGAGACACGCACCGACCACAGCAGCGGUGUUGACCACGGCAUCCCACCAACAGAAGAACAACAAUAACCACUUGACGAUGCAGGAGUCGUUCGGCGACGACCUUGACGAAUUCCUCGACGAGGAGCUGGCCACGCGGUCUGAUGUGACGCCCAAGUUGACAAUGAAUGGUCAGCUGGUGCCUCAGUCUGUUACGACAUUUUCAUCGAGUCCCACGAGCAGGGCUACUACACAGGCCGAGUCUGCUGAGAUGCCGCAGUUUGAUGAUUUGGAGGCGCCGCCCACACGCACGCGCUCCAUCGGACGAGGUCUGAUGGGCGUGCCCAGUCAUAUGACUCUCCCAACGGUGGGAGUCCAGAAUGGCGGGGGGCGAGAAGGACUACAGCAGCAUCAGCAACAACAACAACAGUUAUUGUCCAAUAAUCAUGAUGACGGGAUGAUGCGAUUUAAUGAUCACAAUGAUAGCAAUGGGGUGACCGGGACAGAUCAACGACAGACGAAUCAUUACGGAAUUCAGAACGGGGUCAGACAGCACCUACCGCAGACUAACGGUUACACAGACAGCGGGGACGACAGGGAUGUGGGUGCAACACCAGCCUCCUCCAUUGCCGCAGUACCACCCCCUCCAGGAUUCGUCUUGGGUGGGGGGAGAGGGCUGAGGCCAGCCAUGGGGAGGGGUAUUUUCCGAGGCGUCAACAAGUCCGGUGACUUUGUCUUACCUGUCAUGAAGACGACUAGCCACGUGGAUCGAAGCAGCAACAUCAGCGUUGACAUCAGCAACAACAACUCGUUCAGCGUUCUAAGUGACCACUUGGAUCUUUCACCGACCAGCGAGACGAGUUCGGGUGAAGUGGGCGAUGUGCACCAGAGUGACGAUGUUAACAAACAGCUGAGGAGACUACAGAAGAAGAUGAGGCAGAUCGAGAACCUGGAGAUUAAGAAGAAAGAAGGGAAACAACUCACCGACGAAGAGAAAGAAAAGCUUUCCAAGAAAAAGGAAGUGAAGAAACAGAUGGCCGCUCUCGCGAUGAACUGAAAGGCUCAAGACCGUGACAACCUGAGAAUUGCCGUAACCUCGAUUCUCUUCCAGUGUGUUCAACACUGUGCUGUACGAAUAGACGGACUUUGAAGUGUUACGUUGUUUUUAUUAACCCAAUCAUUUUUUAACAAUCAUAAUUUUAUCCUCAUCUUUUUGAGACUAAAGUACGCAGUCAUUUUUUACUGAUCACAUUGUGGCUGGUUUCAUCUUGUGAGAGUAAAGUAUGUAACACACUUUGAUUACAUGGUUCACACCAUUCCAACACGUUAAUCAGUCAUAACUGGCUGGAGAUUCCUGGUAAAACGUCUUCAUAAACAUAUUGAAAAAUCAGUAGCCAACAUCAAAGUUUUUACUUAAGUGUUGUGAAAUUCUGUGCAUGCUUGACUUUGUGAUGUAUAUAAAAAAUAUUUUAAACUAUGCAGCACAUUUCCUUCGACAAAGACAGCCAUUCACAAACUUGUACAAUCAAUCUGCCCACCACCCACUUUCUAAUUUUAAAUGCGGUGUACAGAGGUGGUUUCUUCAGAAGAGAACAAUUAAUUGUUCACAUUCUGACCUAGUGCUGGAUCGCGUUUAGGUUUGGGAGUUCCUUCACAAGUAGGAGGAAAACGAUACGGUACACAGUUUUAACAUUUAUAAUUAUAAACCGAAAGAUGAGGGGUUUCUUUUUGGGGGUUUUCCUGCGGGAAUACAAGGACUAAAACUAUAGACACAUGGUUUCUAUACGACAAGAAGAGUCACCAUAGAAUGGUGGUUUGCUUACCAGAAAUCUUCAACCAGGUGGCGAUCGCGUUGUCAUUCCAUUAUCUUCGUGCUUGUAUGACGUGUAUAACUUUUAUUAAUAAUCACCCGCUUUAAACUUUUAAUAUGUUAGUGCUAUUACAAAUGUGAAGAGUCUGUUUUAAUGUUUUUUGAGUAUGCAGCUUACUGGUUGUGUUGCCUUACUGUUGAAGGUGUGUUCCAUGUAAAAUGCAUGUAUUUUAGACACUUUUUAUUAUUGAAUAUUUUAUAUAAGAGAUAUUUUUAUCAAUUAAAAUUGUUAUGAUGCCCAAAACAGCUGACUCAGAACUACAGAAAAUAUGUAUUAAUCAUUUUUAGAAUGAGUUUUUACUUUAAAAAAAAAAAAAUA